CUUUGAUUGUUUACUCUUUUAAGUGGGUAUGUGGCUGGAGUACUGGACUGAAGAUUUGUUUUAUAUGAUCUAGGUGGAAAAACAUAUUCAAAAACCAUUUGAGGGCGGUGAUGAAAGAGGGCUGAAGUUAGUUCAAUCAAUUUUGAAGCCAAUCAUGUUGAGGAGAACCAAACAUAGCACAGAUCGAGAGGGCAAGCCAAUCCUAGUUCUCCCUCCAGCUGAUACGCAGGUAAUUUACUGUGAAACCCACAGAAGCUAAAAAGGACUUCUAUGGAGCCCUAUUCAAAAGAUCUAAGGUAUUCUGAGUUUCUAAUCUAAAUUUAAUAUUUUUCAGUUUUCCACCUUAUUUUUUGGCACUGAAACAAACCACAUUGAUCCAACUCGUUGAUGAAAACUAAGGCUAGGUUUGGGCUAAUGGGGGCCUCAAGCUCCAAAAUGGAUGAUGAUGAUAAGGCACUCCAACUGUGUUGUGAAAGGAAGAAAUUUGUUAAGCAAGCACUUGAUAGGCGUUGCUCUUUUGCAGCUUCUCAUGUUUCAUAUGUCCAUUCACUGAAAAAUACAGGAACAACUUUGAGGAAAUUCUUAGAACCUGAAGCCCCAAUUGAGUCUUCCUUAGACACUUCCACCAAUGCCACACCAGAGCAGCCACUUGACAAAACCCUGUCCCAGUUCUCACUAUCUUCAUCUGUGUCUCGAUGCAAUGAUGCAACCGAAACAUUUUCUCCAACUCCCUCUCCUCCUAGCUCUAAUCCUACUCAAAACUAUGUUAAGUACUUAACUUGGCGUAGGACAAUGUCAUCUCAAUCCUAUUCAUCUACAAACCCUCCGGGAGCAAACUCAAAAGCUGAUGUAGAUGAUGUUACAAAUAAUCUCUUUGGUAAUUUCUGCAUGAUCCCUGGAAGUCAUGCAUCAACCUUGGAUAGAUUAUAUGCAUGGGAAAGAAAGCUCUAUGACAAAGUGAAGUGAUGCUAUCACAUUUUGGAAUGACGCACCACAGUCCAUGCUUCCUAUCAUCAAGAAGCUUAUUGCUGGUGGUAUUUGCAUUUGGGUUUAUAGUGGAGAUACCGAUGGAAGAAUUCUCGUGACUUCAACAAGAUACACUCUUAGAAAGUUGGGGCUUGGGAUUGUUGAAGAUUGGACUCCUUGGUUGAUACACCCAAUAGUGAAAAUAGCAGGAGAGAGUUGCAAUCAGCAAAGCCCAAAAGGCAAAUUAACAUCCCCACACGACUGAGGGAGUACGUGUUGCAGACCUAGGGCCAUGCAUGAAGCUUCAAUGAACAACUACCUAGCAGAAGCUUCAACGAAGUACCACCUAGCAGUUAGGAUACCGUUAGGGUAGUUACACACAAUGCCAAUUGUAACCAACUAUAAAGGAUGUAAUUCACGUUGAUGGACAUAAGCAAUAACAAACACUCUUCUCAUCCCUUCUCUCUCUCUCACUGGGUCUCGAAGACCAGCACUAACACUGAUGCUUUCAUUAUUGUGUCUAUGGCAGAAGGAACUCGUUCGAAAACAAGCACGGAGCGAUAGGAGGAUGCUUUCGCAAAGCUUUCGACAUCGAUAUCUUCCAGAUUUGAUGAGCUUCUCCAAAGAAUG